AUGAAGCAGUUCAAUCAGCGUCAACCAGAUAAAGGCGGCAUCAAAGGCAGCGCGACAGCUACUAUAUCUCUCCCAAUCGCAAACCCUCCUGCAGAAGACACCAACAAACCUUCUCAAGGAGCAAAUUCUCAGCCGCAAACGAACGGUGACGUCCAUAAAGGUAGCGUAAGCUACUCUCCUACACUCUUCAUCUCACGCAAGCCCUCAUCUAACACCAAUCUCACAGACACAAUCCCAAACAUAACUCCCUCCACCACAAACCCCUACCUCGCCGCCCGCGAAGGCCUCGAUCGAGACGGCUUCGUCGUCCUCCCCGCAUCCCUCUUCCCCUCCUUCGAUCUCACAGCCCUCCGUGAAGCCGCAUCACGCAUCACCACCGCCGCCCGAACCGGCACAUGGCCCUACAUCCGCACUCUCCCCAAGCAAUUCCCACCGUGGCCACAAGACCCCAGUGCCGGUAUAUGGGGCGUCCAACACCUACUGCACCCCUCCAAUCCCGACCACCUAAUCUUCGCGCGCUCCUACUUCGACGCCGAACUGCUCAAAUACGUCGGCGCGCUGAUUGGCUGCGAGCAAGAUGAUUUGACCAUGGAGUUGUAUAAUAUGCUUGUGAGACCGGAUCACAAGUUUGAGUUGCGCUGGCAUAGAGACGAUAUACCUGCUACUGCGUCUGCGGAAGAGGAGUUGGAGCGGUUGAACAAGCCUGGCUGGCAUGCGCAGUGGAAUCUCGCUCUCUUCGACGACGCAUCGCUCAUUGUUGUUCCGGGGAGCCAUAGGCGCGCACGCACAACCACUGAACGCGAUGCACAUCCAUAUGAACCCACGCUACCAGACCAACUUACGGUCAAGUUGAAAGCCGGAAAGAAUGACGCUGCAUGGAAGUUUCGGGACGAAGGCGGCGGGCGAGCAUAG